AUGAGUGGUAGUUGGAACAGCGAUGCAAUGGUCAAUUCUCAAACAACUUAUACAGUUUCUGGAUCGGCAGAUCGUAGCCAUUAUCAACUGCUGGAAGAAAUCGAAUGCCCAAGCGAGUUGAUCGAAGUUGACGAUGACAUGCCGUAUCCACAAUUAAGCAGCAAUCUUGUACUGGAAUCAUCAGAAAUUGGAGUUACCCGUCUUCCGACUGCAGAAGAUGACUUAUCCACCCCGCUUGUGGAAUACAAUCCUUAUAAUGAUGCAUUUCACCAGUAUGAGCAGCAACAACAUCACGAUUACAUUUUGCAUAAUUAUACUGAAGAAUAUUCUAUUCAUCAACAACAUACUAAUAAUGCUAUAACAACUGAACCAGUUGAUAAUUUACAAAAUGUAGCACCAUCAGUUUAUCUUAAUGAAUUUUCUGCAUAUAAAUCACUUUAUUCUCAAUUACCACAAAGUCAGCAACACGACCAUCAAUAUCCAGCAGAUGCAUUAGUAUUUGAUCGGGUACUGUCAAGUAUGAGUACUGAUUCUACAGUAUCAGAUAUCACAGCUGAUGCUACUCAUCUUCUUCUUCACCAGUUACCUCAAAAUAAAAAACAAACUUUACUCUCGGAUACAAGCUUCCCAGAACUAUCAAAUGCUGCAAUGACAAGUGCUGAAGCACUAAAAAGAGAAUCACAAGAGCAACAAGAAUUGAAUCGAAGUUUUACAGUUACCAAAGAAUCAUCGCCAAAAGGUCACGAAUAUAUUAAAAGUUCAGCUAAGGGUAAAAUAGAAAGUUUGAAGAAAGAAGAAAUCAAAGAACGGCCCAGAAAACCACGACCGCCAUCGAUAAGAGAGAUUCAGAAUGCACCAAUUCCUACUAGACCAGCAAAGUUAAAACCUCCUUCUAAAUCCCAGUUAAUGAUGGAACAGUUGAAAGCAAGUAUUGAAGCGGAUAAACUUAAGCCAAAAAAAGAUGUCAAAUCAAAACUUCAUGAAAUUCUCUCAGCUCCACCACCAAUUCGAAGUACACAACUGCCACAAGUUCUUGCAGAAAAUAAAGGUUAG